CGAAAAAAGAAUCUCGGAUCCCUCUGUUUGUCACUACUAAGAAGGCUAGGUGCUUGUUGCGUGUGUUUCGUAACAAGAGCCUUGCAUAUUACACAGAGCGAGACAAGUCAGAAUUCGUGAGCGCUAGCUAGCUAAAUCUAAUCACAGUCUCAAAAGUAUGCGAGGGGAGUUAACACAGGAGACGGCGGUGGAAGCUCCGGCGAGCGCGGUGUGGGAGGCGUACCGCGGGCUUGAGCUGGCAAGGCUGGUCACUGAGCUGAUGUCGGACACCAUCGGCCACGCCCAAGUCCUUGAAGGCGACGGCGGCGUUGGCACCCUCGUCAACCUCACUUUCCCACCGGGGACUCCUGGGGCGGGAUACGUGAAGGAGGUAUUCACGGUGGCGGACGACGAGAAGCGGGUCAAGGAGACCGAGACAGUCGAGGGCGGCCUACUGGCUCUGGGCUUCGACUCGCUCCGAGUCCGCCUCGAAAUCGUGGAGACCGGUGCCGAGUCCAGCGCCAUCAAGUCCACGCUCCUCUACGAGGUGGACGACGCCAAACCUGAGCUUCUCGCCUAUCUCUCCACCGACCUGUUGGAACGCAUGGCCAAAGGGAUAGCCAACCAUGUCGUCCAGAAUUACAACAACAAGAAGAAGAAAUCGCCAUCCCUCUCUCCAUCUGAAUGAUUCCGAUUUGUGGUGUUUAGCCCGUAAUUCUGCUCCGAGCCCACCUUCCUCUGAUAGAGACUCCACUUCACCCUGUAAUCUCUCACUACUGUUUUUUCUUAGGAAACUUAACACGUUCUAUUCGUUUGUGUUUAAGUUUUGGUAUUGAAUUUUGAAGAUAUAUACUAUGAUAUUUAAACUUAGGAUUUAGUGAUAGAUGAUCCUUUUGAAAAUUUUCUUCAUGAACGACUUUCACGGUCUAUUGUCCAUGGCUCUUAUUAACGGAUUUUCUUAUGAAAACAUAAUUGCAUAUGAGUAAUGGUAACACAAUGAAGUUAGUAAUUUUACGGUAAUUAAAUAUUGAAGGAUUUUGACAUAUAGAAGUGACUGUGUUUAACUUAAAUAGGGUUUUCUCACAUUCAAAUUUUUAUAAGGAUUUUACGCACAAGACAACCACAAGAAGCUCUUUACCAUGACGACGACUACAAAAACCAGACAAGAUCUUUCAUGGCAGCCUCCCCCUAUAGACUGGAUGGCAGUCAACUCGGACGGAUCUGUUUUGCAGCAUAAUUCGGCAGCGGCAGCAGGUGGGCUGCUUCGUAACCACCUUGGCAGAUGGGUAGGAGCAUUUGCUGCAAACUUAGGCAGCUGCUCCAUUACCAAGGCGAAGAUGAUCGAGGCACUUACAGGGCUACAAAUGGCUUGGGAUCAGGGUCACAAGAAAGUUCUCCUCCGCCUAGACUCUACUGCGGCCAUGGCCAUUUUAGCAGCUAAAGACAACGACAACGGGCGCUACCACAACCUUACUCGGCGCUUUCAGGAUCUUCUACAACGUAAUUGGGAGGUGCAGAUUUCUCAUUCCUACCGCGAGUGCAACAAAGUGGCUGACUAUUUGGCCAAUAAGGCCCAUGUUUUCAGUUUGGGCACUCAUUUGUUUGAUAUUUCGGAUCCGGGUCUUAAUUUCUGGAUCAUGUAUGACAACAUGGGUACUACCCAAGAUCGUUUAAUAUAAGUUUCAGGCAGGG